AUGGCUGCCCUGCCAAGCUCAAGCCCCGUCCUUUCCGAUUCAGGCGAACGCUCCUCCUGUUUGCGGAACAGCUCGCCCGUACAGUUCGAUAUUCAUCUUGACAACGUCAACGUCACAGCCGAAUCAUCCUCAUGUCCCGCGACGUCCGCUGACCCUCCUGCUACUCCAAUGCACCCGGUUAUAACAUCAGUAACGGAGUAUGCCGUCCAAAAUCAACAUCUUUCCGUUCCUCUGUUUCUCGGUCUGCUCGGCACCAUAGCGACUGCUUAUAGUCCCGUCCAACAUUCACUCUUCGUUACAGCCGUUUCAUGGGGAUUGAUAUGGCUCGCCACAAUUUUUCGCGUUGGGAUAUGGUCUAGUACCGGUAGUAGGAAUAGAAAAAUAACAAGCUGGCUCGCUGGCGCCUUCUUGGCUCUGUCACAAGUAUGCGACAGAGCACCAUGUGACAAGGAGGGGAUUUGGUCCAUGAAGGGACUUCUUCCGCUUCUCGUAGUACUUCUCUCGCGGAGUGAUAUGGUCUUAAAGCACGCCGGUCUUCCCUCCUAUACCUCAAUUGACGACUUACAAUCCGAUGGAACGACAAGUCUGGAGAAAAGACAAGGGGGUUCUUUCCGUACCUUAACUGUCGUCACCAUAUCUGCCUUCGCUGCCCUCGCUUCGCGCUACACACUUGGCACAACAACGGCAUUGAGCCUUAGUAGUGUAAUCUUCACUGCGACCGGUUUGGUUCUUUUCGAAAACGCUCUGAAGGGCCCCCAAGAAGAAAGCGAUGACGGCCGAAGGGGUCUCAUGUCAGCAAACGGCACAUACCUGCGUCAUCGAUCGUUGCAAGGCGUGCAAAGAGAACAGCAUUUUGCUUGUUUGAGGGAUAUCUCGGUUGUAAUAAUGGUUGCUUGUAGCGCAGGCACCUACCUCUUUGAACCAUCGAUCAAUUCCCGCGCCAUCUCAUGGGAGCCAGUAUACCGGCACUUCUGGGGUGACUGGAAGUCAAUACACUACCAGAGAACUGUAGAGCAGUGUCUACUCAUGAUUCUUGUUAAUGUUCUUGUCAAUAUUUUGCUGUACAUGUUGCUGUUUCAACAAGGUGCCGUUCACACAUCGUUUCUAUACCUGUUCUCGUAUCUAUGUGCAAGCCUCAUUGUAUUCGUUCCGACCUUUUCAGGAAUCUGGUUCACAGUCGUCUUUGCCGUCGCCUCCUUAUUAUAUCUUUCUAUCCCAUCUUCGUCUACUGCGAUUAACGAAAUUCGGACUACUUUGCGAUCGAAACGCGUCCUCCUGAUAGUCACAGCGAUUUCAUUCGGUCUCUUUUUGUUCCGUGUCGUUUCUGGGUCUCACUCGGGAUCAUCGAGCUCAGAACGGGUACCCAACUUGACCGCAUCCUCGCCAGAGACUCCAUUCGCCCCUAUCCCAGUCGACACGAAGAAAGGCCAUCCGGCUUAUCAGUUGAUCGAUACGGCCGAGAAAGAAUUCGAGGAAGUAUUAAACAAGCAAUCGAAAACGUUAGAGGAAACUGUUCAAGAAUAUCGUCGCCGGAAUGGCGUAGCACCACCUCCACAUUUCGACAAGUGGUAUGAAUUCGCAAGGAGGAACAAUGUCCUGCUUAUCGAUGAAUUUGAUACCAUCAAUGAGUCCUUACUACCUUUUUGGGCACUUCAACCGUCCACCAUUCGAUCUCGUGUGCGCCUCGCACUGGCGGGAUACGAAGAAAAUGCCCUGGUGGCGAUGAUGAUUCGAGACGGCAACGUUGUGAAGGUUGAAAAUGGGCCAGAGUGGCAACAACAAGCUACUAUUGGCAUGAUGAAGAACUUUAUACAGUUUCUACCCGAUAUGGAUCUUGCGUUCAACAUCCAUGACGAGCCUAGGGUUGUGGUCCCCGACGGUGAACUUGCCCUACUUGUUGCCCAAGCACGGGAUAAAGCUGUUACGGCAGCGAUUACCAGCCAAACUGUGCGCAAUUCUUUCUCGGCACGCCCGUCUGAUCUAGGUGAUGGCAAGCGAUUCAGUGAUGCAUCUAUAAGCCGCUUCAAUAGGUUCGCGCAUCAAAAGACCUGGACUCACGCCCGUCUGUCCUGUCCUAUCACCAGCCAGGCACGGGUCUUGGAGGACGACGCAACGGAUAACCUGACAUCUUACGCUGUCGCGCCUCUCAACUACGUUUACAACCAGACUGCGUUCUCCGACAUUUGCAACUCUCCGUCAAUAGCAUCUCGUUUCGGAUUUUUCGAGCGACCCAACGCUUUCAAUAUCAUCCACGAGCUGACGCCAGUAUUCUCGCAAUCAAAGAUCUCAAGUUUUCAAGACAUCCUGUACCCAAGCCCAUGGUAUUGGUUCGGGAAGGUAGGGUAUGAUUCUUGGCAUGACACUACUUGGGAGAACAAAACGAACAGCCUCUACUGGAGAGGUUCCACGACAGGCGGCUUUAGCCGGAACGGUGGUUGGAGACGGCAGCACAGGCAACACAUCGUCAAACGCUUGAACAGGCCCGACACAGCUAAGAUCCUCGUCAGUAAAGGGGACGAUGGAGUCUCUGAUUAUGAACUCCAAGAGGUAGAGCGCAAUGAGCUGGAUCGCUAUAUCGACGUAAAAUUCAGCCACGUCGGGCAGUGCGAUCCAGCCGAUUGCAAAGCACAGGAAGAGUUUUUCAAAGUCGUUGAACACGUCGACGGCCAGGACGCGUGGUAUUAUAAGCACUUGCUUGACAUGGAUGGCAAUGCUUUCUCUGGCAGAUUUUACGCAUUUCUGAAGAGCCGAAGUUUGACAUACAAAAUGGCCGUGUUCAGGGAAUGGCAUCAGGAGUGGCUCAAACCUUGGGUACACUAUGUUCCCCUCUCUUUGAUCGGAGACGAGCAUCUCGACCUCGUGCGAUGGUUUGGAGGCGGUCGCCAAGAUGCCAAUGGGAAAGAGAUCCUCCCCAAGGCACACGAAGAGAAUAAGGGUGGUAAUGGUGACUCCAUUGGUGAGAGAAAAGCCCGGGAGAUUGCCGAACGUAGCACAGACUGGUCAGGCAAGGUGUUAAGAAACGUCGACUUUGAAGUGUGGUUCUUUCGCUUACUUUUAGAAUACGGAAGGAUAAUCGAUGAUAACAGAGAGUCUAUUGGAUACUCUGGACCGUAAAACAAAUGUACAUUGACUGAAUAUAAGAGAACUGUAGCAUAGAACUUGUCAAGGAGUAUCGCCAUCGUAUAUAGGUUUUGGUAUGUGCUUGUUGCGGCAUGUGCAAUGUGGCGUUGGGCUUUAGGCGGUUGUUUCGAUCAGAGGACGCGUAAGAUACCAAUUUGUCUUUGCAUGUAUGACUACAAAUGAAUGGUUGAAGGAG